UUAGGGUUUUGGUGAUAGAUCAUAGAUCUACAGUAUGGCCUUCGCUAAUCGACUCCGAUCUACCCUCCCUCUCCAAGUCCUCGUCAGCAAGGUUCUCAGAUCGGAACCGCUCUCCGCCGCUGCACAGCGGGCUGUCGUUUCCCCUACUUUGUCCCAAAACAAUAACAAAUCCGAUGAGUUGUCCAGGAACUUCAAUUCUAUUUCCUCUGAGAAUAACAAGGAUAAGAAGGUGAAGUUGCCUCUGGUUUUGUUUGGAGGUUAUGGGAAAUAUGCCUCUGCUUUGUACAUUGCUGCAACAAAAACCAAUUCAUUGGACAAAGUCGAGUCUGAGAUUCUCGAUUUUGUUCAUUCUAUCAAGAACACCCCAGAGCUUUCUCAGUUCACCAAGGAUCCGUCAGUGCCUGCUCAUUCUAGAGUGAAGGCGAUGGAGGCGAUUUCUGCUCAGGCUGAACAUUCAGAUAUUACAACGAACUUUUUGGCUGUGUUGGCUGAACAUGGAGGAUUAAAUCACGUUGAAGGCAUCGCCAAGAAAUUUGUGGAGUUGACUAUGGCACAUAAGGGAAUAGUGGAAGUUAAUGUGACUUCCGUGAUUCCCCUCCCAGCUGACGAAGAGAAAGAAUUGAAGGAGACGAUGCAGGAGAUACUUGGACAAGGGAAGACAGUGAAGCUCCAACAGAAAAUCAAUCCGGGGAUCCUAGGAGGGCUUGUGGUAGAGUUCCAGCAGAAGAUGGUGGACAUGUCCAUCAGGACUAGGGCACGCCAGAUGGAGAGGUACUUGCGGGAUCCCAGACACUGGGGCGACCUCCUCGUCUAAAUGGUGCGUAUCAGUUAUUGUCGCAGCCUAGCUAUGAAGGG